AUGAGGUUCUUCAAUCAAUUGGUGGCAGUGUGCAUAUCACUGCUGGUUGCUACAACUUCCGCCGGAUUCGUCAGCUAUCCGCGCCCUUCAAUCUAUAACAAAUCUGCCCACUUCUCCCUAAAGGUUAAUGGUACCUACGCAUACACAGUUAGCUAUGCUGGAUACGACUAUGUUCAACUGUCCAUGGACGAGGGUCACCCUACCGAGUUCAGGAUUGCCCUCACAGACGAGUCUUCCAUCACGUCUUAUAACAUUUCUCCUUUGAAAACCUCGAUCCCCGCCACUGUUGAUGGAAACGAACUCGUCUUUACUGUGACAACGGCAAAUUACCUUAUCGUGGAGAUCAAUGACGAAAAGAAAUUUAUCAUUCUAGCAGAUCCAUCCGAGACAGAUGUCCCCGAUACGACGGCUAGUAACGUGUACAACGUUCUCAACUACACAGCAGAUAAUACAGGCGCGACUACCACUAAAGGUGUACAGGCUGCGCUUGACGCUGCCGAGGGCCAUGCUGGCAGCAUUGUAUAUGUCCCUCCUGGUCUCUACAUCGUUCCCAAUUUGUACAUUCACUCGCAGACUUCUCUGUAUCUUGCUGGCGGGGCGGUUCUGCGGAUGUCUGACAAUCCUGACGACUAUAAACACGACUUCUACAAAAGUGGCGAUGGUAAUGGUACGUGGUGGAUCCGGACCGAUGCCGACUCUAAGGAUAUCAAGGUCUAUGGUCGUGGUACCAUUGAUGGGAAUGGGCAGACAAUAUUCCAUCUCGAGCCUAGAUUUAUUGCGGAUCUGCUCGUCCCAGUAGGAACAACAAACUUCAAGUGCGAUGGGAUAUUGGUGCGCGAUGCAUCAUUCUGGGCUGUAGUUCCCAUCCAGGUCACCACCGCCUCGAUAACAAACAUCAAGAUAUUAGAUCGCUUCAAUAUUGGUCAAAAUGAUGGGAUUGAUGUCGUCGAGUCUACUGAUGUUACUAUCGACCGAGCCAUCGCCAUUACCAACGACGAUAGCUUCUCUACAAAGACUUGGCCGUACAAUGUUGGGACCACAGUUCCAUACCCGUACAAGCCACGACCGUUGCGCAAUGUCGUCUUUAAUAACUGUAUUGCCUGGACUAAUUGCUAUGGAUACAAGGUUGGGCAAGGUAUCUAUGAGAGCCAGGACAAUGUCACCUUUACCAACAGUGUGGUUUAUACGGCAGCCGUCGGCCUCGGCAUCGAUCAUAAGUUUGGUACUAGUACGGUUAGUAACGUCAGUUUUACGAAUAUGGACAUUGAGGGAUUACACGGUACAAACUUUGGCCACGCCACAUGGCUAGCUGUGCUUGUCGAGCUCGACAACGGCGCUGGGGUUGGGCCUGUUGAAGGCGUCCUUGUCAAUAAUGUGACGGCUCGUGUGCUUGGGAAGUAUAAUAGUUUGGUUCAGGGUUACAAUUCGUCUGCCAUGGUGAGUGAUGUGACGAUUGGGAAUGUGUAUGUGCACAACAGCACUGUUCCAGCGAAGACUUUAGCCGACAUAAAGGUGCUGGAUACAGACUAUUCAGAAGGCAUAAAGCUCGUCAAUAAUUGA